AUGUACUGGAUAACAAGCACCUUCAUUGUACUUCUGUGCAUAUUUUUGAAAGCAGAGAGUUUGUUGGUUCACGGACAGAUCAAUGCUACCUCGGCAUCUCAGGGACAUUCUGAUCCUGAUGUGUAUAAACAACUUCUUCAUAUGGAAAAAGUUUUCGAUUCUAUAAUGAUGGAUCAGAAACAACAAGCUACCAAAAAUCAGCAAUUUGAACAACAGCAAAAGUUAUUAGAAGGAGAGAUUCAGAGAGCCCAAGUGAAGAUAACAGUCCUUGAGAACUCACUUCUAGAUGUGCAAAGUGAAAACAAAAUCUUGAAAAAAAGACUUGACAAUCUGAAUUCUUCAUCGAUUUUAACACAACAAAACUUGACAACAAAGGAAGACCUACAACGGCUGGAGAACACUCUAUCCUUUGAAAUAGAGCAGACAGUCAGGGACAGCGAACAGAAAAUGAUGAAGAACAUGUCUACCACAGUCAAAGACUUGGAACAACGAGACCGAUAUUUAUCACUGUCACUAUUUGAUGUUCACAAUAAUAUGACUAUGCUCAAUGUCACACUUUCCAAGUUUAAACAACAGCAAAAAAUACAAGAAGAGCAACAGAAUAUGACCAUUCAACACUUAUCACUUUCUCUUCUAGAUGUACACAAUAACACAGCGUGGCUACCAUCUUCUGUUUUAAGUUUGGAUGCGCAGCAACAAAAGAUGAAGAGUGAGAUUGAAGCAAUGUCUAAUUCCCAGAAAAAUAACAUAGCCAAUCUGAAUGAUACAAUCAUCCAUCUUAAAAAUAGCUUAAUAUCCAACGUAGCUUUUACAGCAGGAACAUAUGGUAGUAUGUAUACAGAUGGAGAAACAGUUAAAUUCCCAAAAAUCAUAUUCCAGGUAGGAGGAGGAUACAACCCUACAACAGGAGUGUUUACUGCUCCUAAGGCUGGACUCUACCUCAUAUUCUCUACUAAUGUGGCAGUUAAUAAUAAAAUCUUCUGGACAAAAAUAAUGAUUAAUGGUUCAGAAAAAGCAGGGGUCAUGGCCUGGGCUAUUUUACCCCAAUCUAAUGUUUACCAGUCAGGUUCCAAUCUAGUAAUCUAUCAGUUACAGAUGGGGGACAGAGUCUGGAUGCAAGUAUACAUAGCUGGUACUUUGUACCCAGAGACAUAUUUUUCCGUUAUCAGGCUUAAUGGAUUAGACUAA